AACGCCUGCUGUUUGCUCCUUCCCUCAUUUCUGUUUCCCAAAACCCUAACCCUAGCAAAGAGGAGCCGCCAUGCCGCCCAAGUUCGAUCCAUCGCAGGUGGUCGACGUCUACGUCCGCGUCACCGGCGGUGAGGUUGGCGCGGCGAGCUCCCUGGCGCCUAAGAUUGGUCCCCUGGGUCUCUCCCCGAAGAAGAUCGGUGAGGACAUUGCUAAGGAGACGGCCAAGGAGUGGAAGGGCCUCCGCGUCACCGUCAAGCUUACCGUCCAGAACCGCCAGGCCAAGGUGAUGGUGGUGCCCUCCGCCGCUGCCCUGGUGAUCAAGGCACUCAAGGAGCCGGAGCGCGACCGCAAGAAGACCAAGAACAUCAAGCACAACGGCAACAUCUCCCUCGACGAUGUCAUCGAGAUCGCCCGGGUGAUGCGUCCGAGAUCCAUGGCCAAGGACCUCGCCGGUACCGUCAAGGAGAUCCUCGGCACCUGCGUCUCCGUGGGUUGCACCGUCGACGGCAAGGACCCCAAGGACAUGCAGCAGGAGAUCACUGACGGCGACGUCGAGAUCCCCUCCGAGUGAAAAAGGGCCUCCUCGCCCGAGCAUCGCUAGGGUUCGUGGUUUCGUCUGUUCAAUUCUAAUUUGCCCGCUAUUUUCUGAUCGUAUGAUUUUUUUUUGAUAUCUAUCUCGAGCAACGGGAAGUAGAGGAUAAGGAUAUAGUCGCUUGGUUUCUAGAUUGAAAAGCUUCUUUCGAUUUAAUAUGGAUUCUUCGCUGCAUUGGAUUGUUGCUUUGGAUGCUACAACUAGUUCUGUCUUUGAUCUGGUUAUGUUUUA